UCACAUUCUCAAAAUUUCCAAACUGAUGGUCUUCCAAAAACAGAACCUUCCACAUCAAAUAUAUCAUAUCUCUUUGGAAUGGGCGGCAGUACAAAACACACACCGAUUGUGUCUGAAAGCUCUAAAAGAUCCCUUUUCUCAUCAUUAUUAGGAAGAGAACCACAAGAACCAGAAAGUGUUAUGAAGAAAGCGACCUACAAUGACAAUUAUAAUUAUAAUUAUCAUGAGAACGUUAACUUUUCAGACAAUUUCUUAAAUCAUUCUAUCAGUGAUAAUAUUGGUUUGCCGAACGUACGUUUAGGAGCGGCACUACCAAUCAUACCUUCAACAUACGAAAACACUUCAUUUUCAAACUAUAAUAAUCAACUGUGCAAUGAAACUUGGAAUGAUGGUUUUCUACAACGCGAGCAACAUUGUUCGUUAAUUGGGAACGAUUCCGUUUUUGGAGAUCUUUCAUGUGAUUCUACAACAGAAUAUGCCACUCAACAAUCAUUGAAUGACGGUCCAAUAUACAGAGAGUCUGCAAAGAAACUGAAGAAACUGCCUUGUCCUGUUGCGACAUCAACAUCAACCACAACAAAAUCAAACCUCCAACCAUCGAUACUGACGACGGCUGGAUCAGGCCUUGCAGGCUUUUUGAGUUCAUUAUCAAAUUCAUUGCAAUCACCUUCUGUUAUGACUACAGAACCAUCAUCAACUUCAUAUUCUGCACAACUAGUUCCUGAUAAAUCUUUGUCUAAUUCAACUUUCGCUAAUUCUAAAUAUUAUGAUACCACACUAAAGAGUUUGUCAAAUGCAACAUCCAAACCAAUUUGUUCUUCACAUAAUAGUUAUGACUCCAACAAUUUCAAUAGUUAUCUUCCUUCAUCUUUAACAACGCCUGACUUAGAAGAAAGUUCUACAUUGUUUAAAUCAACAUUAGCUAAUACUUAUCCUUUAGUGACAAACGCUAAAAAAUCUUUAUCACCAGAUCUUAUACAAUGUCCUCCUACUUCUUAUUCUAAUUCGACGACUUAUAAAGACAUAAGCCUACCUUUCUCUUUAUCUGGAUCUAACUAUAAUAAUAAGGGAAUGCCAUUAAGUAUCUUAGGACAUUCACCAAUACCAGAGGAAAGUGAAAAAGAUUUAAAAACCUACACACCUUUCACUAUUUCUUCAACACUUCCGCCUUUAACAACUUAUAACUACAAUGCCAACACUCGAUUGGAUAGUACCUUUGAUCAAUCUGCUUUAACAACAGCAUACGUUUCGUCAUAUGAGAGUAGUGCAAGUGAUAUUUAUUUAUCGACAAAUGAUUUAACACCUGGAGCUUAUGCAUAUACAGAAGUAGAAAAUGACAUUAUUGCAUCUGGUGAUCUGAAAAACACGAAUUUGAAUGAGUCAAGCAAUAAACAACAAAACUUGUUAAGUCUAGAUGAUAUGAAUUUUUCAAGAAAGCCAUUAGAAUCAGUAAAAUCAUCAAUGCAACCCGAGCAAAAAAAGUCAAGAUUUGGAUUUGGUUCGCUUUUGAGCGAUGGACUUAAUGUUAUCGAAAGUAGUGUUAAUUCUAUCAAAUCAACGGCAACUAAUUUGGCAGGAGGAGCGCUUGGUGUGGUUACUUCAACGAAUCAAACCACAAACUAUUCUACUCCUGAAUUCAACACACUUAUUCAAAAUCAAAGCACAGCUGAAAAUAAUUUAACCUCAUCCCAAUCAAAUUCAAAGUUGACAAAGCAAAGUUCUCAAAUGUACUAUGACGCAAAUGAGUACAAUGAGUGUUAUGAUCAUGAUCAGGAAUCAUACAUGGAAUCUGAUUACUUUAAUGAAGAAGAUGAAACACGAUAUCUUGCAGAAAUUCAUUCGCCAAAUAACAAUUAUUUGGAUCACCAGACGUAUGAUGAAAACCAAGCGGAAGAGUAUGAAACUCUAUCAAUUGACAAUAAAAUUAAUACUACUGACGAGUACAGCCGAAAUAUCCCACAAAUUUGCAAUAAUAGUAAUAAGCUCAACGAUAAUGAUUCAAAUAAUAAUGCCAACAGCAUUUAUGGAAAUUUUUCUCAAACUCCAUAUGAUAAUAAUGAGAACAAGACUAUGACUCCUCCAGUUAGCAUGGCAGACGAUUACUAUAAGAUGUAUGAUGAGAAUUUAAAAAAUGAUCACGAUUACGACGAAGAAUUUAAUGAUGAGUUUGAAAUGGAGCCUUCAAAAAUUCCGAAAAAGUUAGUUAAUAAACAAUUGAGCGUUCUAGAAGACGAUGCGAUUCUGAACAAUGAAAUAGACAUGGAGCUAAAAACGCAUCAUGACUCUCAACAUGAAAGUGAUAAUAAAAACUCAAUAGAAAUUGAAAAGUCAAAUGUGAUGAUGAAGCAAGACAGUGUUAUUGAAGAAGAUUUGGAAUUAAAUCAAAUUGAGGAAAAUCACAAAAUGGACCAGUAUGACCAAGACACAAAACAAAGGAAAAGUGUUAAAAUUUGUGAUUCGGAGCUAGUUCCACAUGAGAAAGUACGAGAGAUAAGAACUGCAAAACAAAGAUGGCAUUGGGCAUAUAAUAGAAUAGUUCAUCAGGGUCAGUCUCGCUCAGUUUCAUCGCAUGUAUCGCCAAAUCUUCAAAGAAUGCAUUUAAAAAUGCAUUAUCGUGGAAAAGAUUCCGACACAGAAUCGCCAUCAAACUCCCCACUCCCAGAUCGACGCAUUAUUACAAAAACCACAGCAAAAGCAAUGUCUACAACUGAUUUAAGCAACGAACAGUGUUCAAGUUUGGUAGAACGAAAUGCUCAACUUUCUCUGAUGCUUCAUCAACAGCAAAAAUACCCUCAACAGCAUCAUCCAAUGGAUCAGCAAAUAUAUCAACAAUUUAAUCAAAAACGCACCAAUAAUCAACUAUUUAAAAUAGGCCCAAAUCACAAUGCUUCACUUGCUGAUUUCCGGUCGGUUAUCAAUAAUCAAACUGCUGAUGAUUUGAUUGCAAGUAGAGAACAAAUUAAUGCUAUAGUCAAUGCUCAGAAACAUUCCGAUUAUAUUGUGUCAGAUUAUAUGGAUAAAAUACAAACUCGUAUUGCUUUAUUAGAAACAGAAUUGAAAUUUGCAGAUCGAAAACUGCAUUUAUUAUACUCAGAGUACAAUGAGAUGUUAAUGAAAAUAGAAAAGUUAGAAGGUCUUACAAUUGCUCAACAAUCAGUACUUGCAAAUUUAUUGGAUUUAUAUAAUAAUCAGUCCAAAGAAGCAAAAGCAGGGCAACUAAAGUCUGCAUUUUUUUCUAUUAUUCCUAAAGAAAUGAUCCUUAAUCGAACGGCUCCAUUUAAUGAAAAUUUUCAACAGGAAGCUAUGGUUGACUCAACUCAAAUGGAAUUCAAUGAAAUGUUAGAAGAUUUAAAAAAUGAAGCUAUAUUGGAUGAGUUGAGAAACCUUUCAGGCAAUGGAAAAAUGAUAAUAUCUGAAAGUGAAGCUGAAUAUCAAUCUUUGCUAACAAAUUCCAACCAACAGUCUUCCGCGCAAUUUUUUCAGAACUUUUUCGAAAGUGAUCCCAGCGGUGCCAUUAAUGGAAGAAUCUUUCAAAAAGCAAAUAUAAUGGAGGCAAUAAAAGACUUAAAUGAAGAACAAAUUAAUGUUGAGACGGAUUUUUUUCGCAGUGGCGAGUUAAACAAAAGCCUUUUCAAUAAUAUAUCCACAGAUGGAAUAGUUUGUCCUCCAUAUCUCGACAUGAUUCGUGAGGAUAAUGAAGAUAAUAAUAGAAAUGACAUGAAAGAAACUUUACCAACUGACGAUGCUUCGAAAGCUGAUGAUAAGAGCGAUUCAAUAUCCAUUACAAAAAAAUCUAAAGUUAAAAAGAAAAAGCAUAACCAACAACUUCAGCAGCAACAUUUACAACUUCAACAGUCAGACGAUCAAAUUGUACAUGAAUUGGCUGAUGAAAUUCUUAAAUUAGAGAACAUGACAAAUCUACUAAGCAAAAAUCAACUUGAUGAGCUAAAGUCUAUUGUUAAAGCUGACAUCAAGUAUUUUCAGAAGCUUCGAAAACUUGAUACGAAUUUUUUAUGCCUGCUUGUAAAUCCACCUGCAUCAUCAGGAAUGGAUCAGAAACCAAUGUCGAUUGAGGAAGAAGACGAGAGAUUUUCAAAUUUAAUUAGGAAAAUAAAACAGAAUAUGGAAUUUUUUAAGCAAUUCAAUUCAGUCGAUCAACCCGAGAAGGUUUCAACUUCUGGUUCGAUAUAUAACAGUGACGAAUAUUUUCAAUCUCUUAAGAAAUCUUUGGAUCGUCAUAAUUCAAUGCAACUGUUGCUUCACAUGCAACAUCCGAACCUUCAAAAAAAAUCUUCGCCACUUUUUCUGUACGAAGAGCAAACAAUGGACGACCAAUUUGAUAACGAAAACUCGUCAAGUCCACCGCCUCCAGCUCCCAAUGGAGAUUUGAAUUAUUAUUGUAGGCCUGAAAUGAAUGAAACUAAUGAUGUAGAGCAAGAAUGGAAUCCUUUUCAUGCUGAUAUUUUACUCAUGAAAGAACAAAUGAAGAAAGAUAUUGAACCACUUUCGGCAAAAAGUUUGUCGCCUUUCAAAAUAAGUGGCCAAAGAUCACCACGAAAUACUAAAAGUGAUUCAGGCUUAUCUUCAAUGUCAGGAUUUUCAAGCUUUGAAAGGUCACCAAGUUCCCCAUCCAACUUUCCAUAUGACACAUUUGCUUCAAAAUCAAACAUAAGAACAUUGAAGUCAAAUCAAGAUUAUGUUAAAUUGUCCCUUCAUUACCAACAACUUAAGAACCAAGUAGAUCAAAACAACACUCCUUUGUUUCUUCCUGAAAUAUCAGCAGCUGCAACAUCAGAUGCAAUUUAUUCUGAAGAAAACUUGAACUACAUUAAAGAGUUAUCUAAAAAUGUUCCUAUAUGUUCAAUUUAUGAAAAUGAAUCAAUUUUUGAUAGCUCUGAACCAUCAUGGGAAGUAAGUAAGAAAACUUCUUCUCAUUCUUCAAAGACCUUCCCAGAUUUGAUUCUUCAACAAGAUGAAACAAAUAAAGCUCAAGAGUCGAGCCAAAAAAACAUUAUAUACAACCAAAAAGUAUCUUUGAAACAAGACCAAAUGCAACAAAGAAUUCCUAAGACUCAAAAGAGUUUGACUGAUCAUUUAGUUUAUUACCCUUCACCAAAAGCGGAUUUAGAUUUUAAAGACAUGGAGAACCUUCAAUACCAAAGCAAAAUAAGUGCGCAUAGGGAUCAAAAAAUUUAUUACAGAAGACAAGACGCUCAAAAUGUUCAGCUUGAUGAAUUCAUGCAAAGUGCACAUGCUCAGCAGCAAUUACAUCUUCAACAUAUGCAGAAGCAACAAGAUUUUCAGCAUCGUGAUCAAGCUUCACCUCGAAAAAGUGAUGAAUCUGAUAAAGUUUCUUAUUUAAAUAAAGUACACGCAUGGUUGCCGGGCAUAAAGCUUAAGAAGAGCUCUAAACGACAUAGAAGUUAUUCAUUGCCUGGAGAAGUUUAUGAUGAUGGAUUUGAAAAUGAAGAAGUUGCAAAACCUCGUAAAGCGGGUGAUGUUCCAGCUCAUGUGCGUGGUAAUAAGAAAAAGGAUAUUUAUGCAAUGAAGAAUUAUAUGAAAGGAAAGAAAAAGCAAUUGGCAAGUACAAUGUCAACAAUAAUGACAAAAGCUAAAGUUUAUCGACGACAUAGCUUCAGUUACCACUCGGAUAAUGAAGAAAAUCAAACUCAACCAACUUCGUCGUCUCAAGGCAAGUCGUUUCAAUUAAUGUCGAAUACAGUUUCUAAUAAAAGAAGUUAUUCUGAUACAGAAACUGAUGCAAGUUCUAUUUUCUCUGAUGGAGAAGAAAAUGAAAUGAUAGAUGAGAGAAAUGACAAUGUUACAUGUGCACAAGAACCUCUUUCACUUUUUGCAACGAUGGGAGAAACAUUAACGAAGCAUUCCGAUUAUAACGACACCAAUGAAAAAAUCCCGGAACGCCCCUUAAGCGAUUCCUCGAGUUUAAGUCGUAAGAAGUCUGUCGAUAAUCUUCAAGAUGGAACAUCGGAACAGAAUUCAUUCAACAUGAACUUUUCCAGUAACAGCAUGGAAUUUGCUGUAAGUCGGAAGGUUGGAAUUUUUCGAAAAAAAAGUUCAGUGUCUGAUGAACAACAGCAAAAUAUUGUGACAACAACAAGUCCUACUACUUCCUGUAGUAAUUCUGGAACUGAACAAAUUGAUAAUAAAACACUUCAAGAUGGAUCACCAAAAGAUCUUCAAGGAAAUGUUAUUAAUAAUAAAAGAAUUCAACCAUCACAUUUACUUAUAAAAACACAUUCGAUUUAUGUUGAUUCAAUCGAUGAUGAGAAUGAUGUUAAUGGUACAAACAAACAGCAAGACAACAACAAUGAUCCGAUCUCAUUACCCAGUCGUCAGUUAAUACCUUCACCUCGUUACGAAGGAUCAACUAAAAUGAACAAUCUUCGAGGUAACAGUUUGGAUGUUCCUGGAUCUCGAGAUGACGAUGAUAAUAAAUCCCAACAUUCAUAUAAAACGAUAUCAUCAUCACGUCGACAAAGUACCGAAGAUUCUAUAGAUACUGACGAUGAAUAUUUCUAUUAUGAAAUGAGAAACCUUGAAGAGUUGGAACGUAACAGUCAUAUGCAAUCAAUUUUACAAGAUAAUAAAAAUGAACUCAUUAAUGACAUCAUAAAACUUGACACUUCAUUCCAAAAUCAACAACCUGAACCAGAUGAUAUUGUAAAACUUCAAAUGGAAAAAGUCUUAAAUGAGUUGAAAGAAAAAAUUCCCUUAAGGGAAGCGAUAAAUAGCGAAGCCAGUAAUGGCGGAAAAACGAAAACCAAAAAUAUUUAUGACAAAUUCUCGACAGCAACUAAUAUUCAAUCAAUGCCAUGGAAUCGUGAUUCGGAUGAUGAAUACGAUGACCAUAUGGAUCAAUUGAAUCAAAUUGAAAUGGAGAUGAAAGACUCCACUUAUGGAAAGAUUAAAAAGAAGAAAAGGAAAACAAAAUCUCAGAAAUUUUCACCAUCAUCAUCAUCGGCUGAAGAUGAAAAGUCUUCAGAACUACCCAUGUAUGAUGAUUUUGAAAUCAAUGAUGAAAAGUUUGAUAAACAUUCUCAGUCGUCAGGAGUCACGUCUGGGCCAGAUUCGCCCACGCAAUCUGAUGAUGAACAUGAUGAAUCACCCAAAUUUUCUGACAAUCGUUAUGAAAAAGGUGUUCAAAAUUUUCAAAAAAACGAGCAGCUCCUCGAGCAUUUACAGCAGCCGCCCGACCAUCAUGAUGAUCGGGGAGCCAGCGAAGCCAUCUUUCAGUCCCAUACAAGUGCUGCAACAGAGACUGAACAUAGAGAAACUGACGAAGAAAAGCCAAGGAUGAAGAAAUUCAUGCAAUUAUCUUCAACUACAUCAACUGAUUCGACUACAAUAGAUUCUGGUAUAAGUGACACAAGUGGGGGUGCGGGAGUAUUAAAUAGUAAAUGGAAACUACUAAAAACAUUAAAAGAAAGAAAGGAAAUGACUAACCAAGUGAAAAUCAAGGAAGAAGAAGAAGGAGGAAAAGAGAAAACAGUUGGGGGAGCAGGUGGAGAUGGAGUUCGAGGGAUGAGCAAUCCUAACGAUAAUCCAUUUUAUAGCAACAUUGAUAGUAUGCCUGACAUCAGACCAAGAAGAAAAUCUAUCCCACUAGUAUCUGAGCUUACAAUGGCAGCUACAAAACGAAACGCUGGCUUAACAUCAGCAAUACCAAGACCAACAUUGAAUGAUGAAGAUUUGAAAACUCAUGUUUACAAAAAAUCUUUACAAGCGUUGAUUUAUCCAAUUUCUUCAACCACACCGCACAAUUUUACACCAUAUAACGCUACGUCCCCAACUUAUUGUUAUGAAUGUGAAGGACUACUAUGGGGAAUUGCACGUCAGGGUGUUCGCUGUACGGAAUGUGGAGUCAAGUGUCAUGAAAAAUGCAAAGACCUUCUAAAUGCAGAUUGCUUACAAAUGUGUUUUGCAGGAGCUGCGGAGAAGAGCUCGAAACAUGGAGCGGAGGAUAAAGCACAAUCAGUUAUGACUGCUAUGCAAGAACGUAUGAAACAACGUGUUUGUGACAAACCGGAAAUAUUUGAAUUGUUAAGAGCCAUAUUUUGCUGCGACGAAAAAAGCCACUCAGGCCAUAUGAAAGCUGUUACUCAGAGUGUCCUGGACGGCACUAGCAAAUGGUCUGCAAAAAUUGCCAUCACAGUAAUUUGUGCUCAAGGAUUAAUAGCCAAAGACAAGAGCGGAACAAGUGAUCCUUAUGUAACAGUUCAAGUUGGUAAAGUUAAGAAAAGAACAAGGACAAUGCCUCAAGAGCUUAACCCUGUGUGGAACGAAAAAUUUCAUUUUGAAUGCCACAAUUCAUCUGAUCGAAUAAAAGUGCGAGUUUGGGAUGAAGACAAUGACCUCAAAUCGAAACUUAGACAAAAGCUAACACGUGAAUCAGAUGAUUUUCUAGGUCAAACGAUCAUAGAAGUACGUACAUUAUCUGGUGAAAUGGACGUUUGGUAUAAUCUUGAGAAAAGAACAGACAAAUCAGCAGUUUCGGGAGCAAUAAGAUUACACAUAUCAGUUGAAAUUAAAGGCGAGGAGAAGGUGGCACCGUACCAUGUCCAAUACACAUGUUUACAUGAGAACAUUUUCCAUUAUCUGUGUGAGCAGAAUAUGGGAUUAGUGAAACUUCCUCAAACCAAAGGUGAUGACGCAUGGAAAAUAUAUUUUGAUGACACCCCUCAAGAAAUUGUUGACGAGUUCGCUAUGCGUUAUGGAAUUGAGCCAAUAUAUCAAGCAAUGACUCAUUUUCAUUGUCUAUCUACGAAAUAUCUCUGCCCAGGUGUACCAUACGCCAUGAGUUUUUUAUUGGCAAAUAUAAAUGCUCAUUACGCACAUACAACUGCUUCAAGUGCAGUUUCUGCUAGCGAUCGUUUUGCUGCUAGUAACUUUGGAAAAGAAAAAUUCGUCAAGUUGCUAGAUCAACUGCACAAUUCUUUAAGAAUUGAUUUGUCAUCUUAUCGAACAAUCUUUCCAGCAUCAUGUUCCGACAAGCUUGAAGAUCUCAAAUGUAUUGUUGACUUACUUACUAGUAUAACAUUUUUCCGCAUGAAGGUGCAAGAGCUUUCUUGUCCACCUCGCGCGAGUACAGUUGUAAAGGAUUGCGUGAAAGCUUGCCUUAGAUCAACCUAUCAAUUCGUUUUUCAACACUGCUACGAACUCUACUGCAGAGAAUUUCAGGUCGAUCCAAGCGAGAUGAAACACGAUCCAGAUGAUCAGGGUCCGAAACUUGAUUCACUCGAUUUCUGGCAUAAGCUCAUUGCGUGCCUUGUGUCAGUUAUCGAAGAAGACCGUAACGUUUACAGUCCCAAAAUGAAUCAGUUUCCCCACGAACUUAAUGUUGGUCAACAAUCCGCUGCGACAAUAUUUUCCUUGUUGGCAGUUGACAUAAAAUAUGCUUUGGAAGAACAUGAACAGCAUCGUUUGUGCGAGUCUUCGGCUUACAUGAACUUGAACUUUGCUGUCAAGCGAUUCUAUGUCAAACAUAUUAAAGACGUGCCACCAUAUAAAGGCUCUGUUCCUGAAUAUCCAGCAUGGUUCGAACCUUUCGUGAUGCAAUGGUUAAAUGAGAAUGACGAUGUUUCAUUAGAGUAUCUCAAAGGAGCUUAUGCAAGAGACAAAAAAGACGGUUUUGUUAAAAGCAGUGAACAUGCACUUUUCUCCAAUUCGGUUGUCGACGUCUUUACUCAACUUUCACAGUGUUUCGAUGUUGUGAGCAAACUUGAGUGUCCCGAUCCAGAAAUCUGGAAACGAUACAUGAGGCGUUUUGCUAAGACAGUAGUUAAGGUAUUACUUUGCUACGUUGAAAUCGUGAAGGUUGACUUUCCCGAGCAAAUGAAAACCGAAAGAAUUGCAUGUGUUCUAAUGAACAACAUCCAACAACUUAGAAUCCAACUUGAGAAAAUGUUUGAAUCGAUGGGUGGAGAGAAAUUAGAAGAAGAUGCUGCGAAUAUUUUAAAAGAUCUUCAGCAACAAUUAAACAAUAUUUUGGAUGAUUUGGCUCUUCUAUUUGCAAACAGCCUUAAGCCUUGUAUAUCUCAAAGUGUUCGAGAGCUUGGUGAACGACUUUUUAAUAUCAAAGGCAAUGGACCACAAGCAAAAGCGGGCUCUACAGAAGCUGACGAAGUUCUCAGACCUCUGAUGGAUCUUCUGGAUGGUUCUCUCACAAUGUAUGCACAAUCCUGCGAGAAAACCGUUUUAAAGCGCUUGUUGAAGGAAUUAUGGAAGAUUGUGAUUAGAACCAUCGAGAAAACCAUCGUACUACCACCAAUUAAUGACAAAACGAUCAUCUUCAAAAACUUAACUGACAAUGCAAAGAAUAUUGCCGCGAAUGCAAAAAUAGAAGAUAUGGGACGUUUAUUCAAAACACACAUAUCAUCAAAACAGGAUGUUAAGAGUACUCUUACUAGUGUUAUAGAACUUGAGAAAAAUUUGUCGUCUAGUCAAACAGCUGUACUUAAUGUAUGUUUAGACACAAUUAAACAAUACUUCCAUGCAGGUGGAAAUGGACUAAAGAAAACUUAUCUUGAAAAAUCUCCCGAACUUCAAAGUUUGCGAUAUGCUCUUAGUUUAUAUACACAAACAACAGAUGAUUUGAUCACAACAUUCAACACCUCUCAAGCUGCAAACAUGUCUCAAAGAGGUGUACAAAAUACCCCAGCUCAAGAAGAACGCCGCAGACGAUGUCUUGAACAAGAUGAAAAUGCAGAAAAUACAAAUCAGCCGCCUCCUCCUAAGCAAAGAGUUGGACAACUUCAGAGUCAAGACUCAACUAAUGCUGAUGACGAGGUAGUGGGAGAAGUUUCAGUUCAAGUUGAUCUAUUUACCCAAGCGGGUUCUGGAGAACAUAAAGUGACUGUAAAAGUUAUUGCUGCUAAUGAUUUGAAAUGGGCAAGUCCAUCGGGAGUCGUAUUCAGACCCUAUGUAGAGAUAAAUUUAACUGGACCACAUCUUCAAGAUAAGAAAAGAAAAAUGGCAACUAAAUCAAAAACAAAUAAUUGGUCACCGAAAUAUAAUGAAACAUUCCAUUUUGCAUUCAAUACGGCUUCAGAGGAUCAACUUGAUUUUUAUGAAUUACAUAUUUGUAUUCGAGAUUAUUGUUUUGCACGUGAGGAUCGGUUAGUUGGAGUUGCUGUACUUCAACUGAAAGAUAUUGUUGAUCAGCGUUCGUGUGCUCGCUGGUUACCGUUAUUCAAGAGUAUUCCCAAAGAUGAAACUGGCUGGACAAUCCUACGUAUAUUGUGGCAAAGAAAACCCGAAAAUCGUAUUGACUUUUCAAACAGCACAGGAGCUGUUGUAGAAUGUCGAGCUAGUGCCAUACCACCUGCCGAAAUAAUCUGGAUCAGAAGUGAUGGAACUGCAGUAGGAGAUGUUCCCGGCUUACGUCAAGUUCUUCCAAACGGAAACUUAGUUUUUCCUCCAUUUAGAGCUGAAGAUUACCGACAGGAAGUUCAUGCACAAGUUUACGCUUGUAUGGCUAGAAAUCAAGUGGGACAAAUUAUAUCGCGCGACGUAAAUGUGAGAGCUGUCGUUAACCAGCCAUAUGAUCCAGAAAUUCUCGGAAAAGAAUAUGUGAUGAGAGGAAAUGCAGCAAUUCUAAAAUGUACAAUUCCAUCGUUUGUUGCUGACUUUGUUCACGUUUCUGAAUGGAUCGAUGAAAAUGGCGAAAGCUUUAAAUAUGACAAUGAUGUCAGCGGCGUGGUGAAUUUAAUUUACGAGGCUGAAAUUUACAAAGAAUAUGUAAUGAGAGGAAAUUCAGCGAUCAUAAAAUGUUCCAUUCCAUCAUUCGUCGCUGAUUUUAUUCAAGUUGUUGAAUGGAUUGAUGAAAACGGAGAAACAUAUACUCGUGCCAAUAACUUUGAUCAGGUUGCUAAUUUAAUAUAUGAAGCCGAGUUUUUCAAAGAAUAUGUGAUGAGAGGCAACUCUGCAGUUUUGAAGUGUUCUAUCCCUUCAUUUGUUGCCGAUUUUGUUAAUAUCGUUGAAUGGGUUGACGAAAAUGGAGAAAUAUAUGGGCAUUCAAAGAACUUCGACAAUGUUGUUAAUUUAAUAUACGAAGCCGAAAUUUUAAAAGAAUAUGUAAUGAGAGGCAACUCUGCAAUUCUGAAGUGUUCAAUCCCUUCAUUUGUUGCCGAUUUUGUUCACAUCGUUGAAUGGAUUGACGAAAAUGGAGAUCGAUAUGCUCAAGAGAACAACUUCGAUAAGGUCGUAAGCGUCGGUUAUAAUUCUGAGAUUGCUCCAGCUGAAUAUGUUAUGCGUGGAAAUUCAGCUAUCAUAAAAUGUUUAAUCCCAUCUUUUGUGGCUGAUUUCGUCCAUGUUCUCUCAUGGGUUAGUGACGAUGGGGCAGAAUAUGGUGGAAGUACAAACUUUAAAGACGCUGUGAUUCAAUUUUACGAAAUCGAAGCUGAUAACGAAUACGUUAUGAGGGGAAAUGCUGCAAUUAUGAGAUGCAAAAUACCGUCUUACAUAAGUGAUUUUGUCACAGUCGAUUCGUGGCAGGAUACCGAUAAUAACACCUAUACAAAUUAUUCCAAAGUUGUUCAACAGAAAUUUGAGAUUCGUGUCAUUGAUGAGUUUGUAUUGUUGGGAAACUCAGCUAUUCUUAAAUGCUUGUUGCCAUCAUUUGUAGCUGAUUUUGUUCAAAUAAUUUCCUGGUUAAUUAUUGAAAAUGAUGAGUCACAUGAAAUAAGCAUGUCAAACAUAAACAUGGACGGAAAAUAUUUAGUUCUUCCAUCUGGUGAACUUCAUAUCAAAGAAGUUGGGCCGGAAGAUGGCUACAAAAGUUAUCAAUGUCGGACUAAACAUCGCCUAACAGGAGAAACAAGAUUAAGCGCCACCAAAGGACGACUCGUUAUCACAGAGCCUGUUGGAAGCGUGAGUCCUAAACUUACUGCAGGGAAUUCCGAUCCAAAACAUUUAAGUGGUACGAAAAGUACCGACAUAACAAUUUUAAGCUGUGCUGCUCAAGCAUUUCCGACACCUGUUUUCAGAACCCAUAGGGUCGAGCCUGUUGGUUCUGUUAGUCCAAAGAAAACUACUGGAGAUGAUAUUAAAGUCAUAUGGGCAAGAAAAGGUGCAACUCUUGGUAUUCUAUGCCCAGCACAAGCAUAUCCAACACCAGUUUAUCGGUAUGCAUUUUCAAUUAAUCUGAAAAAUAUGAAAUCGCAUAGGAUAAAAUCUUUUGAAAUUUCCUUUACUCGCAUUGUCGUUCAUAAAUUGUACUUAUCAGAAAAUUACCUUUCGUGUUUUAUUGUCAUAGAACCUAUUGGUUCUGUGAGCCCUAAAGUAAAUGACGUAGAUAAGACUCGUGUCAUUCAACGUGACUCAAAACAAACCAUUGAACCUGUUGGUUCAGUUAGUCCAAAAAUUCAAACUGGUGAUGAAUUCAAACGUUUGAAAACUAAAAUUGGAACAUCAUUUAACAUCUUAUGCCCCGCACAAGCAUUUCCUACUCCAAUCUUUCGAACCUGUUGGGUCUGUGAGCCCAAAAAACCAGUUGGUCUAAAAGCACCGGUUUUCAGUUCAGAGUCUAAAGGAAGUAUUUUUGAACGCACUGUUGGUUCAGCAACCACGUUACUUUGCCAAGCACAAGCUUUUCCAGUUCCAUUGGUUAGGAGUGAAGAACCUGUUGGCUCAGUUGCACCAAAACUAAGUGGUGGGAGACUUCAAGAAAAAAUUUCAAGGAUAAAUGAGUCGAUUUCAAUGUUGUGCUUAGGCCAGUCAUUCCCAGUUCCAUUAUUUAGAUGGUACAAAUUUAUCGACGGCACUUCUCGAAAAUCUCCAGUUCCAUUAGGAGAACGCAUAAAACAAGUCUCAGGAACACUUAUCAUUCAGAACGCUCUGGUCGAAGACUCUGGAAAAUACCUUUGUGUGGUUAACAAUUCUGUAGGAGGAGAGAGUGUCGAAACUGUGCUUACUGUAACUGCACCACUUUCUGCUAAUAUCGAGCCAGCAUUUCAAACUGUUGAUUUCGGAAGAUCAGCUAUAUUUACUUGCCAUUUCUCAGGGAAUCCAAUCAAAACUAUGAAAUGGAUGAAGGAUGGAAAAUUCAUUCAUCAUUCUGAUGCAAUUUUAAGAAUCGAUUCAGUUAAAAAAGAAGACAAAGGGAUGUAUCAAUGCGUAAUCAAAAACGACCAAGAAAGUGCCCAAGCUAGUGCAGAACUUAAAUUAGGCGGACGAUUUGAUCCACCCGUGAUUCGUCAAGCAUUUUCUGAAGAAAUUUUACAUCCAAAUAAUCCUGUGUUCAUCAAAUGUAUUGCUGGUGGAAAUCCAUCGCCCGAUAUUGCUUGGGAACUUGAUGGAAAGAAGAUUGCUAAUUCCGAACGCUUCCAAGUCGGUCAAUACGUAACUGUGAAUGGAGAUGUGGUGUCAUACCUAAAUAUCACUUCAGCACAAACAAAAGAUGGUGGUCUCUAUAAAUGUGUUGCAUCUUCGAAAGUAGGAACUGCGUCACAUUCUGCGAAGCUUAAUAUUCAUGGACUUCCAUAUGUUCGACCUAUGGAGAAAAAGUCUAUUGUUUCUGGAGAGACUUUGAUUGUUAAUUGCCCCGUUGCUGGUUAUCCGAUAGAAACUGUAGUUUGGGAGAGAGAAAAUCGUGUACUUCCCAUCAAUCGUAAGCAAAAAGUAUUUCCAAACGGUACAUUGAUCAUCGAGAAUGUGGAAAGAAAUUCUGAUCAGGCGACAUAUACAUGUGUGGCAAAAAAUAUCGAAGGUUAUUCAGCAAGAGGAUCACUCGAAGUUGAAAUUAUGGUUCUGCCACAAAUUGUACCUUUUGACUUCGGUGCGGAGCAAAUAAAUCUUGAUGAAAUGGUCUCGGCAAUGUGCACGGCCAGCAAAGGAGAUUUGCCGAUGGAUAUACAAUGGAUGUUUAAGGAUACAGAUGGGGUUGAGGAACUUCUGCAAAGAGACAACGGAAUUUCACUAACGAGAAAUAAUCAGAGAAUCAGUAUGCUUAGCAUUGAAGUUGCUAAAGCGAAACACCGUGGAACUUACACUUGCAUUGUAAAAAAUCGUGGAGGGGAAUCACGUCACAGUGCAGUUCUUCAUAUAAAUGUACUUCCACAAAUUAUUCCUUUUACAUUUGGAGACAGCUCAAUUAAUGUUCAAGAAUCGGUUUCUACAUUAUGUUCUGUAAAUAAGGGCGACUUACCCAUUAAAAUUUGGUGGAUGUUAUCAGGCGAUGGCCAAACCGAAGAUCGAAAUUUAAGUUCUAAUAGCUUUGUAAUGAUAACAAGAAAUAGUGCUAAGCUCAGUGUUCUUAAUAUAGAAUCAGCACAAUCUUUGCAUAGAGGGAAUUAUACAUGUUUCGCCGAAAAUCAUGCUGGAAUUGCAAAAUUCAGCGCAUUCCUUUCAAUAAAUGUGCUUCCACAAAUUAGCCCUUUUUCUUUUGGUGAAAAAGAACUUAAUCUUGAUGAGACUGUUGCUGCAAUUUGCAUAGUAACAAUAGGUGAUUUACCUAUUAACAUUUGGUGGUCGUUUAACGACUAUUAUCAGAACAAGGAACUUAAUUUAACAACAAAUGAUGGUAUCAUGAUAACAAAGACAAACCAAAAAAUUUCAAUGUUGAAUAUUGAUUCUGUCAAAGCCCGACAUCGAGGAAAUUAUACUUGCCAUGCAAAAAACCCGGCAGGGAGAUCUCAUCAUACAGCAUAUUUAGCUAUUAAUGUACUGCCUCAAAUCAAUCCGUUUUCAUUUGGGGAGGAAGAACUUAAUAUCGACGAAACUGUUGCAGCCACUUGUAUUGUUACCAAGGGAGAUUUACCAAUUGACAUUUGGUGGUCAUUUAACAAUGAGUACAAGAGUGAAAAGAAAAAUUUAACUACAAAUGUUUCUAAAACUAGUCAAAAAAUAUCAGUUUUGAAUAUUGAUUCUGUAAAGGCAUAUCACAGAGGAAAUUAUACAUGCUUUGCUAGAAACAAAGCGGGAAUAAGUCAACAUAGUGCAUAUCUUGCUAUAAAUGUUCUGCCUCAAAUCAAUCCUUUUUCAUUUGGGGAAGAAGAAAUUAAUCCUGAUGAAACUGUGGCAGCUACAUGUAUCGUUACAAAAGGAGACUUACCAAUUGAUAUCUGGUGGUCUUUUAACAAUGGUCGUAAUAAUCAAACUGUAAAUUUAACUACAAGUGACGGAAUCAUAAUUUCAAAAUCAAUCUUACCACAAAUAAAUCCAUUCACUUUUGGUGAAGAAGAUGUAAAUCUUGAUGAAGCUGUAGCAGCUACUUGUAUUGUUACUAAAGGAGAUGUUCCCAUUAAAAUUUGGUGGUCUCUUUCUGAUGACAAUGAAAUGAUUCUCAGAAAUAUUUCAACAAACGAUGGGAUUGUAAUUACAAAAUCUGGAAACAAAUUAAGUGUAUUAAAUAUCGAAUCAGUACAAAGAAGACAUAGAGGAAAUUACACUUGUUUCGCCUCAAAUAAAGGAGGCAUUGUUCAAUACUCUGCUCAACUGAAAAUCAACGCUCCACCAGUUAUUUCACCUUUUAACUUGGGCGAUGAAAAAUUAAACCUAGAUGAUUCGGUUACAUUCACGUGUGCUAUAACUAAAGGCGAUUUACCUAUAACAAUAUGGUGGCGUUUUAGUGAAAUCAAUAGCAACAUUUCUCUCAACUUAACUUCAAAUGAUGAAGUUGUAAUAACAAGAACUAGCCAAAAAGUUUCCCUUUUGUCAAUUGAGGCUGUAAAAGCAAGACAUAGAGGAACGUACACAUGCCUUGCUCAGAAUAAAGGAGGAGUAACGCAGUAUAAUACUUCGUUAGCAAUUAACGUUUCUGCAACAUGUUCAGUUACAAAGGGCGAUUUACCAAUUAAUAUUUGGUGGAGAUUUGAUGGGGAAAUUUCCGGUGGUUAUAAUUUAACAACAAAUGAUGGAAUUUUUAUAACGAGAUCUGGUCAGAAAGCAAAUACUCUUGUCAUUGAAGCUUUGAAAGCUAGACACAGAGGGAAUUAUACAUGUUUUGCAUCAAAUAAAGGAGGCUUCACUAAUCACUCAGCUUAUUUGGCGAUCAAUGUUCUUCCGACAAUUGUGCCAUUUUCGUUUGGAGAAGAAGAAUUGAAUCUCGACGAAUCAAUCAUAGCUUCGUGUGCAGUAAGUAAAGGAGACGUCCCAAUGAACAUUUGGUGGCGUUUUGAUGGCGAUCAGGGUCAUACUUACAACUUAACAACAAGCGACGGGAUUGUUUUAAUGAGAACCGGACAAAAAGCUAGCACUCUUGUUAUUGAAGCUGUCAAAGCUAGACACAGAGGAAAUUAUACUUGUAUCGCGUCAAACAAUGGGGGUUUCACAAAUCAUACAGCAUAUCUUGCUAUAAAUGUCAUACCAACGAUUGUUCCGUUUUCGUUCGGCGAAGAAGAAUUGAAUCUCGAUGAAUCUGUCAUAGUUUCGUGUUCAAUUACUAAAGGAGACAUUCCAAUAAACAUCUGGUGGCAUUUUGAUGGCGAUCAGGGUCACACAUACAACUUAACAACAGGCGACGGGAUUGUUUUAAUGAGAACCGGGCAAAAAGCUAGCACUCUUGUUAUUGAAGCUGUCAAAGCUAGACACAGAGGAAAUUAUACUUGUUUCGCGUCAAACAAUGGGGGUUUCACAAAUCAUUCAGCAUAUCUUGCUAUAAAUGUUCUGCCUACAAUUGUCCCGUUUUCAUUUGGAGAAGAAGAAUUGAACAUUGAUGAAUCUAUUUCUGCUACUUGCUCAAUAACCAAGGGCGAUUUGCCUAUUAAAAUUUGGUGGCAAUUUGGUGCCAAUGAUCCAAUUGGAAUUUACAAUUUAACGACAAAUGAUGGGAUUGUUAUAACUCGAACAAAUCAAAAAAUCAGUACUUUAUCUAUUGAAGCAGUGAAAGCGAGACAUCGGGGAAAUUAUACAUGUUUUGCUUCCAAUAAGGGAGGAUUCACUCAUCAUUCAACUUACCUCGCCAUUAACGUUAUACCAACAAUUGUACCUUUUUCUUUCGGAGAAGAAGAAUUGAAUCUCGAUGAGUCAAUUUCUGCAGUUUGCUCAGUUACAAAGGGCGAUUUACCAAUUAAUAUUUGGUGGAGAUUUGAUGGGGAAAUUUCCGGUGGUUAUAAUUUAACAACAAAUGAUGGAAUUUUUAUAACGAGAUCUGGUCAGAAAGCAAGUACUCUUGUCAUUGAAGCUUUGAAAGCUAGACACAGAGGGAAUUAUACAUGUUUUGCAUCAAAUAAAGGAGGCUUCACUAAUCACUCAGCUUAUUUGGCGAUCAAUGUUCUUCCGACAAUUGUGCCAUUUUCGUUUGGAGAAGAAGAAUUGAAUCUUGAUGAAUCUAUUAGUUCAGUCUGCUCAAUAACAAAGGGGGAUUUACCAAUUAAAAUAUGGUGGCAAUUUGAUGGAGAAUUUAUGAAUGGAUAUAAUUUAACAACAAAUGAUGGGAUUGUUAUAACACGAACAAGCCAGAAAGUUAGCAUGCUAGCAAUUGAAGCAGUAAAAGCUCGACAUAGAGGAAAUUAUACAUGUUUCGCCUCGAACAAGGGAGGAGUUACUUCUCACUCUGCGUAUUUAGCUAUAAAUGUUCUGCCGACAAUUGCGCCAUUUUCAUUUGGAGAAGAAGAAUUGAAUUUAGAUGAAUCCGUAUCUUCAUUGUGUUCAAUCACAAAAGGAGAUUUACCGAUUAAAAUUUGGUGGAGAUUUGAGGGAGAAUCUGUGGGUACUUAUAAUUUAACCACAAAUGAUGGCAUUGUCAUAACCCGAACAAGUCAAAAAGUUAGUACCUUGGCAAUUGAAGCAGUAAAAGCUCGACAUAGAGGAAACUAUACCUGUUUUGCUUCGAAUAAGGGAGGAGUUACUUCUCACUCAGCUUAUUUAGCUAUAAAUGUUCUUCCUCAAAUUGUACCAUUUUCUUUUGGAGAAGAUGAAAUUAAUGUCGGUGAUUCAGUCACUCAGUUUUGCUCGGUAUCAAAGGGUGACUUACCAAUUAUGAUUUGGUGGAGAUUCAAUGAAGAUAAAGAUCCAGUAUGGUUAAAUCUUACAUCUGAUAACGAUUUAUUAAUAAAAAGAUCAACCCAAAAAGCAAGCAUGCUUUCCAUUGAUGCAGUCAAGGCACAUCAUAGAGGAAAUUAUUCAUGUUUUGUGGCUAACAAAGCAGGAACUGUUCAGCAUACUGCAUAUUUGGCUAUAAACGUUUUACCACAAAUAGUACCAUUUAGUUUUGGGGAUCAGGAAUUUAAUUUGGAUGAAUCCGUGACAGCUACAUGUUCAAUUAGUAAGGGAGAUUUGCCGAUUUCUAUUUGGUGGACUUUGUCAGAAAGUAUUGAUUCACCUCAUGAAUACAAUCUUAGCUCGAGUGAUGGGAUAUUCGUUUCCCAAAAUGGAAAUAAACUGUCAUUUCUCAACAUAGAAACUGUGAAAGCAAGACAUAGAGGAAAUUAUACUUGUUAUGCCAAAAAUAAAGCAGGAAUCGUUCAGCAUAGCGCAUAUCUUGCAAUCAAUGUACCACCUCGUUGGAUUCUUGAACCAACUGACAAAGCAUUUGCACAAGGCUCAAAUGCAAAGGUUGAAUGUAAAGCUGAUGGUUUCCCGAAGCCACAAGUAUCAUGGAAAAUGGCUGUUGGUGACAAACCCGGCGAAUACAAGGAUUUAAGGAAAAACGAUUCAUCCGUUCGUAUUGAGGAUGGAAACUUAAUAAUAGAAAACAUCCAAAAAAAUAACGAAGGAUACUAUCUUUGUGAAGCUACUAAUGGUAUUGGAUCAGGGCUUUCAGCAGUUAUUCUGGUUAAUGUUCAAGCACCUCCUGAAUUCACUGAAAAGUUGAGAAAUCAAACUGCAAGGCGUGGAGAACCUGCUGUUCUUCAAUGUGAAGCUAAAGGAGAAAAACCCAUUGGAAUUCUAUGGAAUAUGGACAACAUCCGUUUGGAUUCGAAAUCAGAUCCACGCUUUACAAUUCGGGAAGAAAUUCUGCCAAAUGGUGUAAUGUCAAGUUUAUCUAUCAAACGUACUGAAAGAGCUGACACUGCAUUAUUCACGUGUGUGGCUACAAAUGCCUUUGGAAGUGAUGAUACUAGCAUUAAUAUGAUUAUACAAGAGAUUCCUGAAAUGCCAUAUGGAAUGAAAGUUCUCGAUAAAUCUGGACGUUCUAUUCAAUUAAGCUGGAAUAAACCUUAUGAUGGGCAUUCUCCUUUGAAGCGAUACAUAAUUGAAUUCAAGCGAUCCAGAGGUACAUGGGAUGCGGAUAUUGAUCGAGUUAUUGUUCCAGGCGAUACGACAGAAGCACAAGUUCAGAAGCUCGUACCAGCUACAACAUACAACAUCAGAAUUGUUGCAGAAAAUGACAUAGGCGUGUCAGACUCUUCAGAUGUCGUUACCAUCAUUACAGCCGAAGAAAUACCUAGUGGAAAGCCGCAAUCAAUUGCCAUAGAUCCAAUAAGCCAAACAGCACUGAAAAUUCGUUGGAAGCCUCCACUACGUGGUGAUUGGAAUGGUGACAUUCAAGGAUAUUAUGUUGGAUAUAAACAAACCUCAUCAAAUUCAUCGUACAUCUUUGAGACUGUAACUUUCAAGCCAGACUCAGGAGACACUAAAGAACAAUCACUAGAAAUUACUAACCUGAAGACAUAUACUCAAUAUUCUUUUGUAAUUCAGGCAUUUAACAAACUUGGAGCUGGUCCAUUAAGUGACGAAGAAAAGCAAUACACAGCAGAAGGAAUUCCAGAUCAACCGCCAAGCGAUACAUCUUGUACAACAUUGACAAGUCAAACAAUAAGAGUAUCUUGGGUGUCGCCUCCUUUAGAAUCAGCAAAUGGCGUAAUUAAAGGAUACAAAGUUGUAUACGCACCAUCAGAUAUUUGGUUUGAUGAUAAAAGCAAAGAUUAUAAAAAGACUUCAUCAAGUGACACAGUUCUUCAUGGUUUAAAAAAAUAUACAAACUAUACGAUUCAAGUGCUUGCUACAACUAAUGGCGGUGAUGGCGUUCGUAGUGCUCCGAUACAUUGUCAAACAGAUCAAGAUACACCCGAAGCUCCAACAGCCGUAAAAGCUUUAGUCAUGUCAAAUGAAGCAAUUUUGGUAUCAUGGAGACCACCAGCGCAACCAAACGGUAUCAUUACCAAAUACAAAGUAUACAUGAAAUCAAGAGCUGAAAAGGAAAAUAAGGAAUUUGAAAUCCCAGCUAAUCAAAUGAGCUAUGAAGCUUCAGGUUUGACUCAAAACCCUUACGAAUUUUGGGUAUCGGCAAUAACACAAAUUGGCGAAGGACAAGUAUCUGAACGUAUAAGUGCAACUCCAAAUGAAAAAGUUCCAGCGAAAAUUGCUUCGUUUGAUGACACAUUUACAGCGACAUUUAAGGAAGAUGCAAAAUUGCCUUGCUUGGCUGUCGGAUCCCCAACACCAGAUAUUUCAUGGCGAAUCAAAGGAGUCGAUUUUCAGCCAAAUGAUAGAAUUCGACAAUUACCAGAGGGGUCACUUUACAUUCGAGAAGUAAUCAGACAAGAUGCUGGUGAAUAUACUUGCACAGCUGAAAACUCUAUUGCAAAGGAUUCAAUCACUCACAAAUUAGUCAUUUUAGCUCCACCAAUGUCUCCACAAGUUAUGGUAGGAGCAACAACAACUGACUCAAUUACUGUUAAGUUGAAGAAAAAUGAAGUAGAUUCAGCUCCAUUACAUGGUUAUACAUUGUACUACAAGCCCGAAUUUGGUGAAUGGGAAACUGCUGACGUAGCAGUUGAAGCUCAAAAGCACACGAUUGAAAACUUGUACUGUGGAUCAAGAUAUCAGGUUUAUGCAACAGCUUACAACAAUAUCGGAGCUGGAGAACAAUCGGAUAUCUUGAAUCUUCGAACCAAAGGAUCAAAACCAAUUUUGCCAGAAAAAUCGAGAUUUAUUCAAGUAUCUCCCAGUUCAGUCACACUCCAUUUACCAACAUGGAAAGACGGAGGUUGCCGCAUGAGUCAUUUCGUGGUUGAACAUCGCAAAAAGGAUCAAUCCGAAUGGAAUCAAAUUUCAAAUAAUGUUAAACCUGGCGGCAACUUUGUUGUCCUCGAUCUUGAAGCUGCAUCUUGGUAUAUGUUGAGAGUGACCGCACAUAACAAUGCAGGCUUUACAGUUGCUGAAUAUGAAUUUGCGACAUUAAAAUCAGAUGGAGGGACAAUUGCACCAUCAAAUGGAAUCCCCGAACUAACUGCAGAAGAUGCGUUGCGGAUCAUCUUGGCAAACCUAAAUUUAGUAGUUCCUUUCGUAGCAGCCAUUCUUGUUGUAAUUAUUGCAAUAAUUGUGCUUUGCAUUCUAAGAAGCAAGGGCCACCACGAGAAAGCAACAAUUGCUCCUGUGGAUGGAAACUAUCCCGGUGUUUACUCAAAGAUUCCUUGGAUACCAAGCUGGCUAAACUUGAAUGUUGUAGUUCCAUUCAUUACAACCGUCAUUGUGCUUGCUGUAGGAAUAUUGGUCAUAUGCGUCGCAUACAACAGAAGACGCGGUCCAGAUUCCUCUCGAAACUCCAAAGAUGUUUACUAUGAUGUUGUGUACAAUCAAGCUCUGGGAGGGCCAGGAGGUGCCGCUACUUUGGACAAACGACGUGAUCUUCGUGAUGAGCUUGGUUAUAUUGCUCCACCAAAUCGUAAACUUCCACCGGUUCCAGGAACCAGUUACAACACUCUUCAGCAUGGAAUGAAACGUGGAACUGUUAUAAAAGGUCGUAUUGGUAAUCAUAACUCGACUUGGGACUUUAGACGUCCAAUCUAUGAAGAAUUGAAGCAAUGUUCGCCACCGCCUAUACCAAAACAUUAUCGGCAAGAUUAUUUUCAUUCGCACACAGCACAUUUGCACUCCCGCAAUGGAUCGCAGUCAAUGCCUAGAGGUAAUCGCUUUGCUCGAAAAAACAGUCAAGGAGGACAAAGUUCCAUUUACUCUCCGGCACCUGAAUAUGAUGAUCCAUCAAAUUAUGAAGCCGAAAGUGAUCAAUAUCGUCGCUGCAACCAAUUUAAUCCCUCAAUUGGUGGAGGCUCACUCUAUUAUGGUCCAGAGUAUGAUGAUAGAUGUCAUUCCAAAACCGAUGGAGGUCUUUAUGAUGAUCCUGCUAAUUGUGCUGAAGAAGAUCAAUAUGGUGGUCCUUAUGGAACAGCAUAUGAACAUUACGAUUCUCGUGGUUCUAUUGGACGUCGAAGCAUAGGAUCCAUGAAGAAUGAAAAGUGUUCUCCCCCUCCUCCUCCACCUCCAAGAAAUCAUGAAACAAGCAACUCGUCGUUUAAUGACUCAAAAGAAAGUAAUGAAAUUUCAGAAGCCGAAUGCGAUCGAGAUGGUGGUGGGCCACGAGGAAAUUAUGAAAUUAAAUCAACGCCAGUUUCACCAGGGCCAAAUAAACAACAACAGCAGCCACAACAGCAACAACAACAACCACCUCAAAAUCAACAAGCUCAACCUGCUCAGCCAGGACAAGAUACUCAGCCAACAAUAUUGUGGCAAUGUCAGGUUUAAGUAUCAAGAACAUAAUGGUUCUUUAAUGAUUUUUUAACUCACUAUCUGAAUCUGAAUAUUUGAUUAGAGCCAAUAGAGCCAACAUAUUCCAAAUUUAUUCAUUAACGAAUUCUUUUUAAAAGUAAUCUAACUAUAAGAGUGUCGUAAAAUUUUCUGAUUGAUGUUAGAUUGUCUAAAUAAUAAUAUUGAAAUAUACAUUCAUUCAUACAUUAAAAGGUAUAAUAUAAUUAACAAGUUUCUUACUCAUUUUCUUGCUUAUUUGAUUACUAAAAUUAAAAAAAUAUCAAAUAACUCUUAACUUAGGCUAUAUAAAUAUAAACAAAGCUUUUAGUAGAAGUCAAUAAUAAUCAUAUAAAUUCCUUUAAUUCGUUUAUGUAUUCAAAAUUAAUUCAAUCACAAGAAACCAGAAAAUGUUUGCAUUUUGUUCACUGUACAAUUUGUAUGCGUUUUUGAUUGACAUUUAGUAUGCCGUUGCUAGAAUAAGAAACUUUUGGAGAAGUUGAAAAUAAAACAUUGUCUUUUUUAUGUUUGUGAUCACCGAAUAUCUGCUUAUAUCUAGAUAGAUUUGUGGAAAGACAUUUAUGAUUAUAAAUUCCACAAUACAGUCAAAAUUAAACUAUAAAAUAACCACAAGUUACAAGGAAAAGAAAUUUUGAAUGAUAAAAAUUGUUUAGGAUGUUUCCAUUUUAAAGUAUGGCUUAUUUAAAAAGUUAUUUGAAGUAUUUUAUACCGAUUGAAAGUAGAAAAUGACAGAAAUGAUAAUAUCUAAAUAUGUAAGAGACGAAUUCAAAAAACAAAUUUUUGUAUUUAAUGUAACAAGAAUAACGCUUUGUGUAUCUAGUGGUUUCUUUUUAUAAAUAAGCACUGGGAUUUUUCUUAAACAGUUUACGUUGAAUUCAGUAACUUAAAAACUUCAUUUCACUCGACUCUUUUAGUCUAUUUGUCCUAUUUAUCAGAUUAUAAGCGCUAACUGCUGCCAUUGUGCCAAAAUAGCAACAUUAAAAGUUUUCUUAGAAUAAAUUUCUACAUGGAUUUCCAUUUCCUUUUAUUUAACAUAAAACUUUUUGAUGAAAAACUUCGCUCCAUUGGAUAUAAAAUAUUUUCUUUGUGCUUUCAUUUAAUGCUGGCUUUGAGCAUAAUCAUUUGGAAACUGUUUAAGGAAAAUUUCAGUGUAUCGUUCAUUGAAGUUGUGCGAAUUUUCGAUUUAACUAAAUAUCAUAACUUGAGAAUCAAAUAACAGAUAUUAUUAAAAGUAGAAUUAAAAAUUUCCAAUUACCAGUGAUUAUGUUUAUUUGGAAACUGUAUCCAAAUUACCGUAGUCUGGUUUUGUUUCAGUGC